AACCUAUGGAUUUGCAGAAGCACAAUUUUUCUCACCAGGAUGUGUGUAGUCCUACUCAUUCAGCAUGGAAUAGCUGGACCCGAUCAAUUAGCCACAGGUCUUUGUUACAGAGCAGUAGAGUCACUGAAGGCAGGAGUCCCUCAUUCCAGUCCACUGAUACAUUGUAUCCACAUUAUUCAGGUGGCGAAGAGGUCAGCAUUUAUUCUUUGGAGGAAGUUUGCUCGUCGGCUGACCCUGAAUCCAGCACACCUUCAUGGUCUCCCCGAGUCCUGUCUGCAUUGCUUCAGCCUCUCCCUAGUGAAGAAGGAUCUUUGGAUGGUGGUCUUCGGCGGGGCUGCAGGGUGCUGUGCACAUGGGCCGAGCAGGAUGUGCUUAUACCUGGUCUGGUAUAUGUGGUCAAAGCCUUCAAACCAGAGGUGGUGUGUGCUUGGCAGAGGUACUUUCGUGGUUGUACAGCACUCCAGCUUUGUUUGAGGGAAAUCCAGCAGCAGAGGGCAGCACACAAGAUGAUGCUCAUUUUCAACCAGAUCAAACCUGUUGGCAUUAGCCAUUCACCAAAAUUUCUGGAUGUUUCAUUAGUCUUAUGGCAUUCAAAUGGAGAGUGGCUUACUAUAGAAAGAAACAUGUCUGGUAACUUCAGAAAGUACAACAACAACACAGGUGAGGAGAUCACGCCCUCUUCUUCAUUAGAAGAGCUGCUCUUAGCGUUCUCACACUGGACUUAUGAGUACUCAUGCAGAGAACUACUGGUGCUUGAUAUACAAGGAGUAGGUGAGGAGCUGACUGAUCCAACAGUCAUUAUGGGAGAAAAGCUCAGUGGUGGCAAAGGUGAGAUGCUCUUUGGACCUGACAACUUGGGGGAUUCUGCCAUCAACGCUUUCCUGCAAAAACACUCAUGCAGUGCCUACUGCAACAUAUUGGGCCUAUCAGAUUUAAGGAGGCAUCUGGACACGUGUAGGUACAGCCGUGAGGCAGAGACCACAUUGGGCGUAGCAGAACAAGAGGACGGCUCAAACCGACAUGUAACCUUUGACCCAUGAAGUAGGAAGAAAGGACACGUGCACCUUAGCAGUUCAUGUACACAAACAACUCUGAAAUCACACUUUUGAAGGUAUUGGCUAGUUCCAGGUCAUUGAAAAAAUAGACAUAUGAGAGUCUGUAAGAGUUAAGAGGAUUAAAAAUAGAAUCAGAAAUAUACCUACUGUAAAUGCUGAUAUAUUAAUGGGCUCAAAACACAAUGGAUAAUCCACCUUUGCUUAUAAUGCAUUAGUUUACAUUUUAUCAGUUUACAUCAUUAAACAUUCUGUGUUGAAAUGUGGAAAAUGUUUUUUGGUGAAACUGAAACAUUUUUUAUAAUAUUGUUGUGCAUGUGCGGGGCGGAAAAAAACAGGCAGAAAUGCAUCCAUAAA